ACCUUGAACUCUGUAGUCUUGAAUCGCCUCUGCUCUGGAUUGACAUUUUGAUGUGAUAAACGAAAUUUAAAAUGUUGCGAUUGGAGAAGCUAUCGCAGUUGAUGAUUCGGCAGAAUCUCCACAAGGGAAUUGCACCUCUCUACUGUCGUUGUGCCCACACCAAAGAACCUCUGCACCCAGAAUGGAAAGCAGCAGCAUCAAAAGAACUAAAGGGGAAAAAAGACAUAGAUUCACUGAUCUGGAAAACACCCGAGGGGAUUGAAAUAAAACCUGUUUAUACAAAAGCUGACGUCAAAGAUGUACAAGAUGAGGUACCAGGACAAUUUCCCUACACAAGAGGCCCCUACUCCACAAUGUACACAAAUAGACCAUGGACAAUCAGACAGUAUUCAGGGUUUAGUACAGUAGAAGAGAGCAAUAAAUUCUACAGAGACAAUAUAGCUGCUGGCCAGCAGGGACUCAGUGUAGCCUUUGACCUUCCAACACACCGGGGCUAUGACUCGGAUAACGAGCGUGUCGUCGGAGAUGUUGGAAUGGCGGGGGUUGCUAUUGACUCCAUGGAGGACAUGAAACUCUUGUUUGACGGAAUCCCACUGAAGAAAAUCUCCACCUCGAUGACAAUGAACGGAGCUGUACUUCCUGUGAUGGCUAUGUUUAUAGUCGCAGCAGAGGAACAGGGAGCCAAACAGGAAGAGCUGGCUGGUACAAUACAGAAUGACAUCCUUAAAGAGUUCAUGGUCAGGAACACAUACAUUUUCCCCCCAGAGCCCUCCAUGAAGAUCAUUGGGGACAUUUUUGAGUACACCUCCAAGCACAUGCCAAAAUUCAACUCCAUAUCGAUCUCAGGGUAUCACAUGCAGGAGGCCGGGGCUGAUGCAGUACUAGAAAUGGCAUUCACACUGGCGGAUGGUCUACAAUACAUCAGGACAGGUUUGGAGAGGGGGCUAGAUGUGGACAAGUUUGCCCCUCGACUUUCCUUCUUCUGGGGAAUAGGAAUGAACUUCUACAUGGAAAUUGCUAAGAUGAGAGCUGCUAGAAGACUGUGGGCAACACUGGUGAAGGAAAAGUUUGGUCCCAAGAAUCCUAAAUCUCUUUUACUUCGGGCUCAUAGUCAAACCUCAGGCUGGUCACUGACAGAACAAGAUGCCUACAACAAUAUUGUACGUACUGUGAUCGAGGCUAUGGGGGCAGUAUUCGGGGGGACCCAGUCUCUACACACAAACUCCUUUGAUGAGGCGCUGGGUCUACCGACUCCAUUUAGUGCCAGAAUUGCCAGGAACACACAGAUUAUAUUACAGGAAGAGUCGGGCAUACCCAAGGUGGCAGAUCCUUGGGGUGGAUCCUAUAUGAUGGAGAGUCUGACUAACGAUAUUUACGAUGAAGCGCUGAAACUCAUCAACGAGAUAGAGGAGAUGGGAGGAAUGGCUAAGGCAGUGGCCUCGGGGAUGCCUAAGUUACGGAUUGAGGAGUGUGCGGCCAAACGGCAGGCCAGGAUUGACAGUGGUGCAGAGGUAAUUGUUGGAGUGAACAAGUACAGACCUAAAGAGGAACAUCAGGUGGACGUUCUGUGUAUUGACAAUAAACACGUACGGGAGAGUCAGAUUCAGCGACUGAACAAGACGCGGGAAAACAGAGACCAGAAAAAGGCUCAGGAAGCAUUAGAAGCCAUCACUGAGGCAUGUUCCAGUAAGAAUGGAAACCUUCUUAAGCUGUCCAUAGAUGCUGCCAGGGCACGAUGUACAGUGGGCGAAAUCACACAGGCCAUGGAAAAGGUAUAUGGCAGACAUGUGGCCAGUGAUAGAUUGGUCAGUGGAGCCUACAAGACAGAGUUUGGAGAAGUGGAUGAAAUCACUCAAGCCACACAGAGAGUUCAAAAAUUUGCGGAGACAGAAGGGCGACGUCCACGUAUCCUGGUGGCCAAAGUGGGUCAAGAUGGACAUGAUCGUGGCGGAAAGGUCAUCGCCACAGGUUUCGCUGACUUGGGAUUUGAUGUUGAUAUUGGCCCAUUGUUCGCUACUCCAAAGGAAGCAGCCCAGCAGGCAGUGGAUGCUGAUGUCCACGUUUUAGGGGUCAGUACUCUGGCGGCUGGACACAAAACUCUCAUCCCAGAGGUCAUCCAAGAACUCAAGAAAAUGGGCAGACCUGAUAUUCUAGUGGUAGCUGGGGGAGUUAUUCCACCUCAGGACUAUGAAUUCCUGUAUGAAGCUGGUGUCUCUGCCGUGUUUGGUCCAGGUACUAGAAUUCCAGAUGCUGCCAUCAAGGUGAUAGAUAUGCUUGAAAAGAACAAUGACAAUACAGACAAAGCAAAAUCUGCCACAGGCUGAGAAUAGUGGAACUUUGUAAUAAAGAGAUGUCAUAAAUUGACACUAAAUCAUGAAUUUAGCUUCUCGCUUCCUAUCAUGUUACAAUUAACAUAAUCCUGAUGGCAAGAACAUCUCCAGAAACAGGUUUCACCCUGAAUGUGUUGAAGUUUGAACCCUUAAACAUAUAAUUAUCUUUUCUUUAGAAGAUGUUGAGCACAUGGAAUAAUUGUCCCAAUGUUAGAAUGCUAAGACACAUGGAUCAUGUUUGUAGAAUUCAUAUUAUUUUUGACAUGCAGUGUGCCAUAUUCUGCAUAAUAUGUAACCACCUUUAAUUUUGAUUUCAAAAUAGUGUAGGAUUGGAAAACUUAAAGUCAUGAAUUGAUCUUUUUAUUUGAAUUAAAAUGAAGGAAAAAAAAAACAGAAAUGUCAUUGAUGUAACUUUAA